AUGGAUUCAGGGUUUAAUAGUUGUAGUUAUUGCGGUACACUUGGAAGGAAGAGGAUUGUGGUUUCCAAUAACUAUGAAGGUUCUUCUGAUGAAGAAGAUGAAUCAAUUCCAGUAAGGUCUCCAUUGAAGAGAAUGUGUAGUGGAAAAUUCAAUUCUGUUUAUGACAAGUCUCGCCUUGAAGCCCUCCCUCAAGAUGUUCUUAUUAGGGUUUUGUGUGGUGUGGAUCAUGAUGAUUUGGAUCAAGUUUUUGAUGUCUCUACAACAAUUAGAGAAGCAAGUAAGAUUGCUAAGCAGAUGCAUUUUGAGUUCAGUACUCCAAAGAAAAACACUGUUUCUGCGUUUCGUUCACCAUUUCAUAUUGAAAAUGGGUGUGAUGAAAUUGAAGCUCCAAAUGCACCAUUGAUGUUAAAGAAAUCAAAGUCAAGGUUGAGUACUAGGAAACUUGCUGAUAUCUCAGUUACACUGUUUCCUUGA